UUUACGAAUUAUUAAGUAACAGAUACUUCCAGAUUAGGUAAGUGCUUUGUUCCUUAUCAGAUUCCUCCCUUUCCCUCUGCAUGAUUUAACAUCUAUUGAUGAUUCUUGCGAGAAGCAGCUUUUACUAUUUUAUAGUUGCAAAAUGGUGACUUUCCAUAUCUACAGUAUGGUCAUAAUGAUUAGUGGGUUUAGGGCAUGUCAGCGCCCGUCACAAAAUGCAUCUGUUAUAAAGUUCCCAGUCUUUCUUUCAUCUAAUAGUGUUGAUUAGAUAAAACCACUGAUACAGUUGACUAAAUUUGUUAUUUCAUUAGGAGCUGCACAUAAUGCUUUUUCUAAAUUAAGAUGCUCAGUAAAUAUUAUGGGCUAUUUAUUACCAUCCCUAUUUAUAUCAUCUUGGGACUGUUUUUAUUUGUCAUUGAUAUCUUAAUAGACAUGGAGAUAAGAUUAGAAAUCUUGACAUCGACAAGUAUCAAGCAGAAAAAACCCUGGCCACGGGUCUCCUGGUUGGGACAGGAAAAUGAAGCGGUUUUUCUUUUGGAUGAUAAAUUCAUAAAUGAAAUUAAUUUGCUAUCAGGAAGGACGAAGAAGAAAAUUCCUAGUCUGAAACCUUUGUUGAAGGAUGUUAUUGUGCUAACCACAUCCAGUAAUGAUGCCUGGUUAGGUGGGGUACUCACUACAGGAGAGCUUUUCCUUUGGAACAAAGAUCAAGAUUGUUUGAAAACUAUACAAGUAACUGAAAAGCCUAAGGAAAUGAUUGAAGCUAUAGUAGUAAAUUCAUUGAGAUUAUACAUGUUUAUUUCUGGAAAUGGGAAAAGAAUUCUACUUGUAACACCUUCUGGAUGCAUAUAUCUUUGGGAAUAUUUAGAAUUAAAGAAUAUCUUAUCUUCUAAAAGCCUUUCUUUGGUGGGUCAGUGGUCCCAGGUUAUACCUGAAGAAACAGCUCUUUUGCCUUCCUCUGAAGAUAAAGAAGCGGUAGUCAAUGCUGUUUUUAUAAAAAAUGAGUUAUUUGGAGACUGCUGCUUCUGUUCAUUUGCUUUUUAUUCUGGGGAAUGCCUGAAGUUAACAUUUCUAGCAAUUCGGUGGCAUGAGAAUAUAUUUACACCUACAAGAGUAUUGCCAUACCAUGUUCGUUGGGCACAACAAGAAUGUCUUCUGUGUAGUCUUAUUCCUAAAUGUGAAUCAGUGAAGUCAAGAGGAGCUCUAAUUGCUGCCUUUUCCAGAGAUGGCCUUACCCUGGCAGUAACUCUUAAUCAGAAAGACCCCAAGGCAACUCAGGUGUUAUUUAUAAACACACUGAAUUUUGUUACCUUCUGUGGCAGUCUUAAAGGAUGUAGUAAUAAGAAUCCUGUGGUUCCAGCUACCCUUAUCAGGUCCUACUGGGUAGCCGAUAUCAGCUGGACACAUGAUAGUCUUUUCUUGGCUUGUAUGUUAAAGCGUGGUUCACUGGUUUUAUUGACCUGCCAAGGUGAAUUGCUAACAUUAGUUACAUUUGGUUGCUCUAUAGAAUUUGGGCCAGCAGAAUUUAUUCCUCUUCAUCCACUGAUAACGUAUCGACCACAGAAGUUGAUGUUUCAAGAUUCAAAUAAUUCUAUAGACUCAUCAGCUUCUGACAGUGACCCUAUGAGACAGAGAUUUUCCAUAAAAGCACACUCACGGUUACCCUACCUCAUUAUUUCUGAUGGAUACAUGAUCACAACCCUACGGUUUCUUGAUAAACUCUCUCCAUCAGUACUCAUGAGAUCACUUCUACUUGAUUCAACCCAGAGGCUUGAGAAAAUAUUACAAAGUGUAAUAUUGUCUAAGCCAAAGAGCAAAGAGCUGAACUUGCAAUCACUGAAUUCCCUGAGGUCUAGUCUGUUAAAACACCAAGGACAUGAAAGUUCAGUUGAUUCUACUGUGCCCAAAUUCUUGGAGGCAGAAGAAACAGUGAAGUUAAAUGAAAAAACAGCUGAUUUUCAGGAUUUUGAAGCAGAAGAAAGUAAUGAAGGCAGACAGUUUCCAUACAGUUUAUUUCCUUUUUGGAACCAAAAAAAUGAUCCACUGUUUAGUUGUGUCAAGGAAGGAAGAUUGGAAUUUGCAUCUAUGUUCGAUACAAUACAUGCAAAAGAUAAUACUGAAGAGACAGAUAGAACUGUUACAGAACUGCAUUCCAUCCAGAAAAAUCUACUUGCAGCAUGGACUAUAGGAAUUUCAAAACAUGUGACAGAAAAAAAUUUAAUGUUAAAUUACACAGUAAUUUGUAUCACUCAUUUUUUCUACAUUCUUCAAUUUAUAAAAUGUCCUUUCCCCAAACUUGAUCAUAUUUUAAAUAAGAGCUCAGGAUAUAAUGCAUGGAUACUUUGUGUCUUUCAACUUUUCCAUCAGUGUUUAUCAAUUCAGUAUUGGGAUAUAAGAUACAAACAAGAUAUAGGACAUUUGAUAAAGCUAACCUCAAAUACCAUAAAGCUUCUGCUGAUUCAGCAACAAAAGGGUCAGUUAUUUUCAGAGAAACUUUUAGCCUGUUUUUAUUUACUCAAAAUGGUAGCUGACAAUUUAAAUGGUAUAUACACUCUUCAACCUGAAGUUGUUGUAACUUCAACUGAUGGAAGUAGAACAAUGGAAAAAGAUUCACUGGUGGUACCUAUUUUUCAAAUGUUUCAAGACAGUGGCUCUCAGGAAAACUGGUCUUGGAAUUCAUCUUUCAAGAUUCAUCCUCCAGUAAUAAAUCUUGAGCAACAGCCAGGACACAGAUUGAUUGUUCUCUGGAGAGUAUUAUACAAGAAAACUUUGUGGUAUCAAGUACAAUUAAGUCAUAGAGUUUCUGAAGAUAACAGAGAGUUAACUGAAAAGAUGACACACGAAGCAUCUACUGUCAAAUUCUUGUUAUGUCACAUACAGGCUAACUUGCAGACUGCUGGAGAUCACUUGGGCCAGACCUUAAAACUUAAGUCUGUCAAUGGUGAAGAAUAUUUCCUGUUGGGAUCAUAUGAAAAGUCUGUUGAGCUGUGGAAAAAAGCCCUACAAGAAAUCCAAGAGAAAGGAGGAAGAAGAAUAUGUUUUCUUCAGGUUCGCUAUUAUCUUUCUCUUUUAUACUGCUACCUCUAUAGCUAUAAUUUAAAUGAUGCUCAAGGAUUGUGUGAUCAGCUGGUAAGAGAAAUACUGAGAUGGUCCCAAUUGCCUGUGAAAGAAAAUGAAGAUUGUUCAGUUCCGGGGAUGUCUCACUGUGAGCAUGGGCUGACUGGAGAUGCUCAUCUUGAGGCAGCAUUGAGAGUCAUCCAGUCCAUGGCUCGCUUCAUGGCCGCCUAUUUCACCAAUCAGCAGCUUUACAUUUUGCCACCUCACAAUGUGAAUGUUCUUCCUCCACUCCAUACUAAAACAGAUCAUUCCCUUAGACUUAUUCCUGUGCAGCACUCUAAGGUGGCCAGUGUUGUUAGAGAUCAGAAUCUCUCUAAUGUGUGGACAGUUGAAUAUGCACUUGAAUUAUUAUUUAUUGGUGGCCUGGUUCCAGAGGCUGUAUGGUUGGCACAUAAACUUGGAGACUGGAAGACAUCUGUUUCAAUUGGUGUGGCAUUCCAGCUGUUCUGUAAACAUGAUAGCAAUUAUGUGAGGUCCAAGAAAAAAGGUCUAAAUCUACCAUUAACUAUAACUCCAGCACAGAUUUUCCAGGAAAAACUACAGUGUUUUCUAGGUCAGCCAGCCUCUUUAAAAGCAAAAAAUGAAAUGGGCUCUAAAUAUAAACAGUUUACAGAUCCCAUGGAAGAGGAAGAUGCAAAUCUGCUAUUUGGUUCAGUGCAAGAAGUACUGAAAGCCUCAGUUAUGGCUGAUGCAGAUAUUCUUUCAGACAUAUUUCAGCUUCUGAUAGACUCUGCUAAGGACUUCAGUAAGAGACUGUGGGGCUUAGUUCCGGUUGGCUUGUACCUUCCAGCUCCUCCAUUAUUCUGUCCCCAACCAGCUAUUCUUAGUGAAGAAGAUGGUGACGAUCUUCUGUUAAAAGCUGAAAAAGAUAAUCGCCAAAAGGUGUCUGGAAUCCUUCAGCGUGUUCUCUUGCUUUUCCGGGCAGCUCGGUGUUCUUUUCCUGUAGCACAGUGGUACAUCUUGCAGUUGAGGUGGGCAAGAAAAGUCAUGCAGAAGAUUCGAAUGAAAGGGUCCCUUCCUUCAUUGAGUCCUUUCCCUCAGUCAUUACUUAAUUAUUGUAAAGGAGGCAUAGCAUUUUUUAUUCCUGGAGCAGCUGGAGACCACAAGCUUGAUGACGUUUCCAUUAGAGUAAUAGGCUGCUUCAGAGAACUUUGUGCUUUGUGUUGGAUGCUGCAUAUCCGUGACAAAUUAUCCUAUAGUUGCAGGCAAUAUCAGAAAGCAAGAGAAGAUGUAAGGGGAGAAAAGGACCUUGAAGUGGAGUUUGAUUCUUGUGUGGUUGAGCAUGGUCUCAGUGCAGUGGAAUGGGCUUGUAGAAUGCUGCCAUUCUCUCGGUUUUUUAAUAUUGAAGAUCUUAUUCAGGAUAUAAUUUUGAGUCUUAUUGGAGAACUGCCACCAAUCAGACAGGUAGCAGAAAUUUUCGUGAAAGCAUUUCCGAAACAUGAGGAUGUAAGGGUUCCUUUAAGAGAAAAAUACCAUUCUCUUCAACAGAGACUCAGACACUGUGUUGUAAAAGGUCCCCAGACUGAGGAAAUGAUGUCUGUUGUCAUACAUUCUAUUCGUAAAGUGAGGGCAAAAGCCCUAAAACGUGUGCAGAGAAAUAUAGGUUCUUUUGAGAUGAAUAUAUGGGAACCAAUUGAAGAAGAAAAGCCAGAAGAGGCUCCAGGCUUUGACAGGUUUUCCCUAGGGACUAGUUUGAGCAGAAGUACACUCACAGAACUAGGUUCUGUGGUUCACAGUGAUGCUGAUAUAACAGAUGCAUUUUCUGAAGUUUUGUUGGUUGAAGAAACAAGCAGGACACGUUUCUAUCAAAGAAACGCCCCCAAUCAUGGGGAAUUAACAUUGACUGGUAAGCAUGGUGAUAGGAAGGAACCAAAGGAAACAUGUAAACAGAAAGGAAAUUCUAAAAGGAAAGAAGAUCAUGAAAAGUUAUCACAAAAUACACUUCCUGUAAUAGGUGUUUGGGAAUUUGAACGUGAUGAUGACGAUUAUAUUAAAUUCCUUGAUCUCUUCUUGAGUUAUGUUCUUGAAAAAGACCUACAUAGUUCCAGGGAUCCUGGCAUUCCAUUACUAACCAGCUUUUCUGGGCAGCUUAGAGAACAUGAGCUUAAUUCUUUACUUUUUGAUGUACAUACAACAUUAAAACGACGCCAGGGCAAAAACAAAAGCCAGAAAGUGUUUAGAGCAGGCUCUUGCUUUGUUACUGCUCUUGAAUCACAUGAAUCUGAAAAAUCAUCUUCUGGAAAUGAUGAAUAUGCCAUAAAUUUAGAAAACCAAGAAAUUUCAACUUCAGUAAUGGUUAAUAAAGGAAUCAAACCUGUUUCAGAGAACCCUUUGAAUGAAGUCAAUAAAAAUGAAGAGAGUGGAUUGUUCAGUUUAAAACAAAAGUCAAUUUACAGAAUACAAGAUGACAAUCGAGAAAAACCUCUAAUUCAGAGAUCGUCAAACUAUAGUUUUUGGAAUCCCAAGUCCAUUAAAACCAGAAGAUGUAUGUUCAAAGCAAUUCAGUGUGAUGAUAUUGACCUUCAAGAAGAUCUUCCUCUAGUGCUGAGUAAUACAUUUGAAAAUAUAGGGAGACUGCUGGAAUGGAUGAUAAGAUGGUCUGAUAGAAGACUGUUCUGUGAUUCUGGUAUAAUUGAGUCAUCCCACGAGUAUAGUCCAGUAAUUCGUGUAAAGACCUCUACAGCUGCCAUUCUUACCUCAUUAUGGCUUUUGGAACAACCCUAUUUUGCUUCGUAUAAGGCAAAAAAUGCCAUUCUUAAGGUAGGAGAAAAUCGUUACACUGGGUCUCAGAUUGUUCUCAGUAUUGAGAAGAAGCACAAAACAGAUGCUGAAUAUUCAGUCACGGAGGCACCUCAAGGUAGAGCUGAGGAAAGAAAUGAUCAGAGUAAAUCUUAUCCAAGUAUCCUGAAAAUGCCAACUGAAGCAAAGAAUCCUGAAGUAAGAGAAAUCAAUGAUGAGAUUAUUUCCAUCACUCAUAAUACUGAAAAAGAAUUUAUAGAUAUCAAUGAGGAUCUUUUAGAAGCAGAAACAUUUACACAGGAGGGAAUGGACAUGCACAUAUCAGACUAUGAAGAAGACAACAAAGAACCUGUUGAAGGGCUCAAAAGUCCCAAUAUUGCCAUUUGCACACUGACCUUACCACAGCAGUUAGAACAUUCUACAGAAGAGGUUCAGUGUCCAAGGGAAGAAACUUUUGAGACAGAUAUGGAGAAAAAAUUAACUGAACAGAAAAGUAUGAUCAAAGACUUUUCCAAUCCUGAACAUACCACUCCUCAUUCAUUUUGUGUAGAUACAAGUUCAGAAAUUUCUAGUGCACCAAUUUCUACACUUAAAGACCAAUCUUCUUCAGUUCCACCUGUGGUAUCAAGUGGAGUCAAUGUUGCUUCACAGACAACUGUUCCAACUCCUCAGGAAACCCAGAGAAAUGAGCAUGGGGCUCAAUUACCAGAUUCUGCAGAUUCUGUUAGGCAAAUGCUCCAAGAUGAAAUGUUUAAAUUAGUUCAGCUACAACAGAUCAACUUCAUGAGCCUAAUGCAGAUAGUCGGAUCAUCCUUUGCUAACAUCCCGGAUAUACAUCAACUUGUACAGCAGCCUCAGUCUGUGCAUGUAGGGAGAAGCCAAGUACCAAACCCCACAGGAGGGUGUGGUGAUGUUGAAGAUGGCAGCAGAAAUCUUAAGAAAUUUUUCAUUAAACCACAAUCCAUGGGAGAGUACAAAAGAGAGCCUGGCAAGAAUAGCCCCCUGUAUCAUGAAGAAAUUACCCACGCUGGUCAAACUAAUGAUGGACAUUUACAGAAUGUUCCACAUGAAUGUAUGCCUUUAUGUCAAUUAGAUGGCCAACCUAAAAAGAGAGGACUACCUCCAACAUCUCAAAACUCACCUUUCCCUUCAUUUUCUCCAGCUGUUGCUGGAAAUACUCAUCUCCACCUUUUGUCUACACCAUCUGUUGUUCAGAAGACACCGAGACUUAUCCCAGCUGCAAAAACUUUUAGUCCUAGUGAUGGUUUUCCUUUGCUUCAAUUUCAGCCUAAUCAUGAAUUCAAGCCUCUUUCCUUACAUACAGGAAGAGUUCCACAGAUUCCCUUCAGACCUCUGCCAAAACCAAGAGAGGCUUGGGGAUUAUCUGAUUCCUGCCAGCCUGCUCUGCCACAGAAAGAAAUACAUACUACUUCAAUAUCCCAUUUGAAUUUAAGUCAGUAUAAUAUUGAAGUCAUAAAAAAAACAGUUGAGCAGAAGAAAUGGGCAGAAAGUGAAAUUACAGAAAUUCCUAAGCAUGUGAACUUGGAUCAGUAUGUUGGACAAGAAAACAUGACACCUCAAAAGGACUCUUCAACAUUUAUAAAGCCAGAAAAAAUAUUUGAUAGUAAGCCAGGGCCCCUGGAAAUAUCUCCUCAUAAUUCCUUUGGCCUUCCAUUAUUACACUUGCAACUUAAACCUCCUCAUAUACUUUCAUCAGCCUCAAGAGUAUCAGUUACAGCUCCUUCCAUACCUGUUAGAACUGCAGCAGAAGAAAGAAAAUACCCAAAACUAUCAUUACUUCAUUCAUGUCUAUCCCCAGAAAAUAUGUAUAAAAAACCGCAACUCAUCCCGCUGGAAAACCUCAUUGCAUUCCAACAAAGACAGCAGAAACUAACUCAUGAUUUAUUUGAACAAGGUGAUUCUGGACAGCUUCAACUACUAAAAAUCAAAAUAGAGCCAUCUGAAGUAAGACAACGAAAGGACAGUAAAAAAAGGCAAAGAAGAAGAUCUGAGAAAGAGUCACAAGAAAAAAGAUCAGAGAAACUAAGGAGAAAACCAAAUGUGACUUUUCGACCAGAGGAUUCCAUCAUUAAUAAUGACGAUACAGAAAUCAUUAAACAACCCAAGGAAGAACAAAAACAUCGUGGUUCCCAAACUUUGGUUGGCUUUGACGUUCCUUUUGAAAUGCUACAAGAUGACCAUAAUACUUCAGCUGGAUUGCAUUUCAUGGCCUCUGUAAAAAAGAAAGCUGUAGGAAGUCAGGAUGCAAGUACAAAUACAGACCCAGAUAAGGAAGCUGGUUCUCAAGAAGUCGUUUCUGAAUGUAGUGAAAAGCAACACAUCAUUUCUUACACAGGAGAACAUGAGCUGUCAAAUGUUCCUCAACCAUUGGUUCCAGAUGUAUAUCUGAAUUUCAAGCUUUCCCCUGAAAUAUCAGAGAAAACUUUGCCACCUUCACCACCUCAUACAGUUGGACAUACUUAUAUAAAUGUGAUUGACAUUGAAGCAGAUGAUCUUCUACAGGAAUUACCUGUCAGAGAAGAGCCAAAUGAUAACGUUACGAAUCAGCAAAGCGAUCAUCUGGAAGUUCCAUCCUCUGCAGAGUUACAUUAUGUGGCAGCUUCAGUUACUAAUGCUUUUCCUCCACAUGAUUUUAAGAAUCAAGAAUCUUCCAAUUCUGCUAUGGACUUAUUUUCUAAACCUACAAAAGUAACUCCAGCCUGUAUGGAUGGAAAAAGCUGGAGAGCAAGCAUAACAGAAGUGAAGAAGCCUAGUAUCAUCUCACCAACACCAUUAGACAUACAGCAGGACAAAGAUCUGCCAAAACCAGAGCUCCAAAUCAAAAAAGAGAUCACCAAGUCUGAAUCUGCAGAAGACUAUCCACUGUGGAAACUGCUGCAGGAUGUCGCUACUGCUCACCCUGCACCAGGCAUUACAGCUCACCGGCUAGAGCAUUUCACCUCUGAGCUGCAGAAAAUUGAUGAACAGCUGUUAGCAAUACAGAACAUUGCUGAAAACAUAGAGCAGGAUUUCCCCAGGCCUGAAGUGCUAUAUCUACGUUGUGAUAAGGUUGGACCAGUGGAUCACAUUGAAUUGUCUUCUGGCCCUGAAUUUGAAAAACCAUUAACUUCAAAAAACAUUAGCAUUUCUGAAGAAGUACAUUUUUUGACUCCUGUGGAUGAGGAAGAUGGAAGUGACAAAGAGGAGACUUCAGAAGUUGAAUUUUCAGUGACAGAAAAUCACUCUAGUCAGAAGACCUAUGUGUUUCCUACUGCUGAUUCGGCUGUCAGCCUUUCCAGUGACCAGCACACCUCUACUCCUGGUGUGAAUGACAGUGACGAAUUACUUGAGAGUGUUUCAGAAGAUCCACUCCAAAUGGCCGGAUUAACUGAUAUUGUAGACAUUAUUGAUGACCUUAUAACUAAAGACGGAGUUUCCAGUGAAGAGCUUGGCUUAACAAAACAACAAGCUAGGAGUAUUUCCAGAAUUCAGCGUUCUUCUGUCAGACAUCCACAAAGAACUGAGAAGGAGAGAAGAGAGAUUCAAGCGUGGAUGAAAAGAAAACGAAAAGAAAGAAUGGCAGAGUAUCUAAAUCAACUGGCAGAAAAGAGAAGGCAAGAACAUAAUCCUUUCUGCCCUAGAAGCAAUCCAUUUUACAUGACUUCAAGGCAAAUCAGACUGAGACAAAAGAUGAAGCAUGAAAAAGACAGAUUGCUGCUCUCCGAACACUAUAGUCGUCGAAUCUCACAAGCAUAUGGCCUGAUAAAUGAACUAUUUGAAUCAGUACAACUACCAACAACUGCACAGAAGCCAUUGCCUAACAAGCCCAACACUGCUCAACCUUCCAGACAGCAACAUGGCCUUUCUCCAAGAGGAGACAGUCAACAUGGUCAUCACUGUCCAUUAAAUCAAUGUAGAAAAGUCAGAUAUAUAUCCAAACAAAGUUGUAACCAUAAGGGGAAAUCUUUUGUUCAACCUCAUGGCUCAUCUUGGCCACAUGGAACUGCCACUUUCACCGUACAGAAAAAAGCUGGUGGAGCCAAAGCAGCAGUAAGAAAGGCUAUGCAGUCUCCAGUUACCUUCCAAAAUGGUGCUAAUGCUCCAUGUCAUGGUCAGCAGUGUACAAGAAAACGUGGGAAUACUGGGCUUGCACCCCAAACCAAACAGGUGUGUGUAGAGUACGAGAGAGAGGAGACUGUAGUGAGUCCUUGGACAUUACCCUCAGAAAUCCGUAAGAUCCUUCAUGAAAGUCACAGUUCCCUUCUCCAGGACUUGUCACCAACUGAAGAAGAGGAGCCAGUGUGUCCUUUUGGGGCCAGUGCCGUGGACAGCAUUUCUGAGAGCACCGGCAGCAUCCUCAGCAAGCUUGACUGGAGCGCCAUUGAAGACAUGGUGGCCAGUGUGUAGGACAAGAGCCUGUCUGCCCACUGUGCCCUGGACCUGUAAGACCUGGAUAUCAUUCUGUUUCCAGGCACAGAGUAGCACCUCAGUAAUAUGGUUCUGAAAGAUUCAUGGGUUUGAGAGAGAGAAGCAAUGAAGAAAGUAAUGUGAAUUUAUCACCAGUAGCCAUAUUAUUGCCUGGAUUAGCCAUUUUAAGAGGGAAAAUAAACAUUUUCAAUAAUUCUGCCUUCAUGGGGAAAGACUUAUUUAAUUAUAAAUGUAUUAUAUGUUUUUGCAUUUGACUCAUCAUUAAUUUUAAAAAGGGAUAAUUAACCUUUUGACCAAGUUUACAUAUUUAGACCACUUUCAAUAAAAACUCUGUAUCUCACCACCUCUUCUACUAUUCUCUGAGUUUUGAGAAACAAUAUGGGUGCAUCUGGGAGGAAAAAAAUCCUUUCAUUGAUAAAAAAAGUCUCACCUGAGAAAUUCAAUAAUGAUUUCUAUUUAAAACAUAUCCUAAAAUUCACCUGUGUAGGGCUUGGACUAGGCAUGAAAGAAAAAGGAGCUGCUUCCUGCCAAUUCUGAACUUCUAAAUAAGCUGAGUUUCAUGCAGGACAGAUCAUCUGUCUUCUGCAGAAGGAAAUCUGUCUUCUAUAGCCUGAUAGCUUUUGAGGAAGAAACAGGGAUGGAUGGUUUAGGUGAGAACGUAAGGAAAUAUGACUCCUGUCUCUAGAAGGUUCAUCUUAACUUUGUAAAAACCAUGGUACAGAGACCAGAUUACAUUUUUUGUUUGUUUUUGAGACAGAGUCUCACUUUGUGGCUCCCAAUAGAGUGCUAUGGUGUCACAGCUCAAAGCAAACCUCAAACUCUUGGGCUCAAGACUACAGGCGGCCACCACAACACUUGGCUGUUUUUAGAGACGAGGUCUUGCUCUGGCUCAGGCUGGUCUCGAACCAGUGAGCUCAGGCAAUCCACCC